CUCUCCCCUCCACAAUUCUCCCCGCUGCAGGUGUACUCGUAGCCUUGACAGGCUGGGCAGUUUGUCAGCUUCUGCCUCGCACCUGCGAGCUGCCUUUGACGGUCGUACUUACCGAAGCAGGAACGAACUCCGAAGGAUCCAAUAGAGCCCACGCUGGACCAGACAUAGUGGACACUGACACUGACAAUGACGCUGACGCCCAUACUGGGCAUCUGAUGUGAGAAUCGCACCAACUUUACCAUGUCGUCGAUGUUGCAGAAUCAAACCGCCGAGCCAUAGUUGUAAGGUCAUCUCUCACCCCUCAACCCCAAAUCCUCCUUCCACGGACCACCAGAUCCUGGUCCCUGAUCAACGAGAUGUCCUCUGUGCCUCUUCCAGAAUCACCAACACCCACCGCGAGAGAGGAGCAUAACGCACAACAGGCGCAGAUUGUUGCACAACAAGCUGCCACGACCAUUGAAGCCGGUGAGCCGUAUGGCAACUUCAGCGACGAUGGCUACGAAACCGAUCAGGAUUCGACGGCCUCAACCUCGAUUUCUUCCAGCGUGCGAGACUAUGCCUUUGAAAAUGGCCGCCGGUAUCAUUCCUUUCGAAGCGGACAAUAUCAGUUCCCAAACGAUGAGCCGGAACAAGAGCGCGAGGAUAUGAAGCAUGCCAUGAUUGUCAAUCUGUGCGGCGGAAAACUACACUACGCACCGAUCAAAGAGCCCCAGAAUAUCCUGGAUGUUGGGACAGGAACGGGAAUAUGGGCUAUCGAUGGUUCGAAAUCCAGAUAGUUCGAGAGAAAAGACAAAGAUUACUUGCUAAAACGAUACUCUAGUUGGGGACGAAUAUCCUUCUGCCGAAGUACUGGGCAUAGAUCUCAGUCCGAUUCAACCUGCCUGGGUGCCUCCGAACGUUAAGUUUCUAGUAGAUGAUUGUGAAUCCUCAUGGAUGCACAAACCAAACACGCUAGAUUUCAUACACGCACGGCAUAUGGUUUCAUCAAUCAAGAACUGGCCCAAACUUCUGAACCAGGCGUUCAAGUAAGCGAAUUUACCAUCCCCUUUCCUUCAAGUCCUAACACGUUGUUUUCAGUACACUAGAACCAGGAGGAUGGGUCGAACUCCAAGAUAUACAAUUCAAGGCCCACUGCGACGACGAUACGAUAAAGGAUGAUUACCAACUGGAAAAGUUCCUACGUCUCGUCCACGAAGGCCUCGCAGUUUUUGGGGUCGACGCAGCAUCAGUGCUGAAAAACAAGCAGCUUCUCAUGGAUACUGGAUUUGUCAAUGUCGAAGAAAAGAUAUUCAAACUUCCCGUUGGAACAUGGCCAAAGAACAAAACGAUGAAAAUGAUCGGAUUAUACAUGAGCUCCGUCGUAAAUGACGGGCUGAAUGGGAUCAGCAUGGGACCUUUCACACGAGGUCUGAAGUGGUCGCGCGAAGAAGUCGAGAUAUUUCUCAUCGGCGUAAGAAAAAGUCUGAAAGAUACUUCGACUCAUUCGUAUCUUCCUUUUCACGUAGUAUAUGGACAACGGCCCUUAGAUACAUAA